AUGGAGAAAGAAAUCGAGGUUCUUGUUCUCAUAAUAGGUGCAGGACCAGCCGGUUUAGCCACAUCAGCUUGUCUUAACCGGUUGAACAUUCCAAAUAUUGUGGUGGAAAGAGAAGAUUGCAGUGCCUCUCUGUGGAAAAGAAGGUCUUACGAUCGUCUCAAUCUUCACCUCGCAAAGCAAUUCUGUCAACUCCCUCACAUGCCAUUUCCUCCAAACACUCCUACCUUCGUCUCUAAAGUAGGUUUUAUCAGUUACCUUGACGGAUACGCCACACAUUUCAACAUAAGCCCUAGGUACAACCAGAGCGUCAAAUCGGCUUAUUUCGACGGUGGUCAAUGGACCGUUGAGGUGGAAAACGCGGAGACAGGUUCGAGAGAAGUUUACUCGGCGAGGUUUGUGGUUGCUGCGACGGGAGAGAAUGGCCACGGUGUGAUUCCGGAGAUUCCUGGGCUUGUGGAGAGUUUUGAAGGAGAGUAUAUGCACUCAAGCGAGUACAAGAACGGAGAGAAGUUCGCCGGAAAAAAUGUUUUGGUCGUCGGAAGUGGAAAUUCCGGAAUGGAGAUUGCUUAUGAUCUGUCUACGUGGAACGCUAAAGUCUCCAUCGUUGUUCGUAGCCCGGUGCACGUGGUGACGAGAGGGAUCGUUUGGAUCGGAAUGUGGCUGCUCAAGUUCUUCCCGGUAAAAUUAGUUGACCGUUGGUGUGUCUUACUCGCAGAGCUGAGGUUUGGGAGUCUUUCGAGAUAUGGGCUUGUAAGGCCUAAAAUAGGCCCAUUUAUGAACAAGAUUAUCACCGGCAGGUCACCUACUAUCGACGUGGGCUGCGUCGGCGAGAUUAAGUCCGGCAAGAUUCAGGUUGUGCCGUCGAUUAAGCGUAUAGAAGGGAAGAGAGUGGUUUUCGUCGACGGAAGAACCAGAAUCGUUGACUCUAUUGUCUUUGCAACUGGUUAUAAGAGCAGCAUUUCAAAAUGGCUUCAGGUAGAUAAUGGAAAUUUGUUCAGCGAGAGUGGGAUGCCGAAAAGCGAGUUCUCGGAUCACUGGAAGGGGAAGAACGGUUUGUACAGUGCUGGAUUUGGGAGACAAGGCUUGGCUGGUAUUUCAAGAGAUGCUCAGAACAUUGCUAGAGACAUUGAAUCUCUGGUUUGUCUGAGAAGCAUGAACAAGCUUUCCUGCUAA